AUGGCAAGUGCUCAACUGUUUGUUCAUGGACUGGAGGUGGACAGCCGGACAGCAGCACUGCUCACCGGUGCAGCCUGCGUUAUGGGAGCUCUGGUCGUACUGGUUCGGAGGGUCAAUAGCCACCAAGAGGCAGAGAAGAAGAUCCAGAAAGCCAGAAACCGGAGGGCUGAGAGCCUGCAGCGGGCCGAGCAGGCUGUGCUCGAGUACAGAGAGUUGCAUCCACUGACUGACUCGUCUCAUAUUUUGACACUGUCCUUGUCUGAGUUGACAAAGCAACUACAGGAAGGCUCACUGACACCCGAGGAGGUUUUUUACUCUUACGUGGAAAAGGCUAUUGACGUAAACAAAAAGCUGAACUGCUGCACAGGGAUUUUGCUGGAGAGUUUUGACCAGCUCAAAACUGUUGGCUCCAACAAGGACGGCCUCUUGUAUGGCGUUCCAGUUAGCAUCAAAGAGAACUUUGCAUACAAGAAUCAUGACUCUUCUUGCGGUGUGAUCAUGAACCUGGAGCAGCCAGCUCAGCAGGACUGUGUGCUUGUUGAAGUUCUGAAGAGACAAGGAUCUAUUCCCUUUGUGAAAACCAACCUGCCCCAAGCCUUACUAAAUUAUGAGUGCAGUAACCCCAUUUAUGGGGAGACAGUUAACCCGCGCAAUCUCCAGAAGACCCCAGGAGGUUCGUCUGGCGGGGAAGGGGCUCUCAUCGGGGGAGGAGGCUCCCUGCUUGGUUUAGGCUCUGAUAUAGGGGGCAGCAUUCGCAUUCCUGCUUCAUUCUGUGGGAUCUGUGGCUUCAAGCCAACAGCAGGCCGGCUAAGUUUAAAAGGUAUGAAGUCCACUUGUCGAGGGCAAAAGUCAGUGCUGUCAUCUCCUGGACCCAUGGCGAAGGAUGUCGACAGUCUGGCUCUGCUUAUGCAGGCUCUGCUCUGCGACUACAUGUUUACCCUGGACCCCACUAUUCCACCUGUACCUUUUAAUGUGCAGGCAUACAAGAGCUCUAAACCUCUGAGGAUUGGUUACUUAGAAGCUGAUGACUACACACAACCGUCUCCAAGCAUGGUCCGAGGCAUCAGGGAGGUCAAAGCCCUGUUAGAGCAAGCAGGACACACUUUGGUGCCAUACAAUCCGAAGAUCAUCGACAUUUUACCCGAACUCGUGGUAAAAGGUAUCCUGGCAGACGGAGCUACCACCCUGCUACAACAACUGAAGGGAGGCCCUGUGGACCCCUGUCUUAAAGCACAGGUUUUCCCUUACUCUUUUCCCAAGUGGUUGAAGAAAACCCUCUCUUUCCUCGUGAAGCCUCUGUUUCCUCGUGUGUCUGUGGUGCUCAAUGCCAUCUGUGGAGUUGGAUCUAUUCCAGAUCUGUGGAAGCAGCAUGCUGCUGUUGAGGACUACAUUCAUGAAACGAUAGCAGAGUGGAGAAGAUGCAACAUAGACGUGCUGCUGUGCCCUAUGAUUGGACCAGCCUACAACUUCCUCUACUGCGGCAAGCUUACCAGUGCUCUUAGUUACACAAUGCUUUACAAUCUCCUCACCUUUCCUGCUGGUGUUGUUCCUGUUUCUACGGUGACGGCAGAGGAUGAGGAGGAACUCAAGCACUAUAAGGGUAUUCAUCAGGACCCCUGGGACAGGCUCUUCAAAGAGGCUGUGCUUGGAGGCGAGGGUUUGCCCGUGGCAGUGCAGUGUGUCGCCCUGCCGUGGCAGGAUGAGCUCUGCCUGCGCUUCAUGAAGGAGGUGGAACAACUGGUUAAACAGAGCAGACAGUAAGGCCACAGGUGGAGCUGCUGUCUUCAGGGACUAACUUCAGGUUAAAUUUUCUUUGGG